AUUUUAAAAAUUGCUUUUGUUCAAUUUGUCAUUCAUGAAUUAAAUUAUAGAAAUUUUUUUUAUCAACUCACGAGAAAAUACGCAGAAAAAUUCUCUAGCAGUAGCAUAAAUCUUCUAGUGCUGUCUAAGUGCUCUGAAUAUUUUAUGUAGCUGUUCCUAGUGAUAUUUAUCUAAAAUGGAAGACAUUGGUCGAAUGUUAUCGAACUACACGGACCCAGUAACUACAAAAAAAGAUGUCAGCGACUGUUUGAAACAGUACAAAGCCCUUGGUUAUCAUUUGGAAUCAUACGUGUUCAACGAUGGAACAGUCAAACAAUUGCUCAAUCUGCAGGGAACCAUUCCGGUUCGAUAUAAGGGUAAUACCUAUCAUAUUCCCAUUUGCAUCUGGCUUUUGGACACUCAUCCCAGAUAUGCUCCAAUUUGCUACGUGAAACCUACUUCGGAUAUGCACAUCAAGGUUUCUAUGUAUGUUGAUCAUAAUGGAAAAAUUUAUUUGCCAUAUCUGCACGAUUGGAAUCCAGUGCAAUCGGAUUUACUAGGACUCAUCCAGGUGAUGAUUGUCACCUUUGGAGAAUUCCCACCGGUGUACUCGGUGCCGAAACAAGCAAAGGCAAAAACAACACCCUAUCCAACUCAGUCUUUCAUGCCACAACCACCAACAACAAACACUCAAAGUCAGUAUAGCCCAUAUCCAGCACAGCAACCGUAUCCUCCGUAUCCAGCAACAGGCGGAGCUUACAGCGGCUAUAAUCAACCGGGUGCCAUCGGGAAUUUUCCUCCCUACAUACCUCCUGGAAUGCCAACUGCUGCCGGCUACAACACCGGAUAUAAUCCAUCCGGGCAAGGUACAGGAACUAUCACCGAGGAGCACAUUAAGGCCUCAUUGGUUAGUGCAGUCGAGGAUAAACUAAAGCGCCGUAUUCAGGAGAAGGUCCACCAGUGUCAGGCGGAGAUUCAAACAUUGAAACGCACUCAACAGGAGUUGAACGAGGGGCAGUCGAAAAUCAACGAUAUUAUCUCUCGUCUAGAGCGUGACGAACAGGAACUCACCAAGAGCAUAGCAGUGUUGAAGGAUAAAGACCAAGAACUGGAAAGAGCACUCGAAAGCCUGGAAAAAGUGGACGGUAUCGAUGUUGAUGAAGCAGUAACUACAACGGCUCCACUUUACAAACAACUGCUUAACGCGUACGCAGAAGAAGCGGCUAUUGAAGAUGCGGUUUAUUUCAUGGGCGAAGCGCUGCGCAGCGGAGUGAUCGAUCUUGAAGUGUUUCUCAAAAAUGUGCGACAACUUUCGCGGAAACAGUUCAUGCUGCGCGCAUUAAUGCAAAAGUGCCGACAGAAGGCUGGCCUUUCCGCCCAGUAACCUCUGAUCUGCCUUCAUUAUUAAACGUGAAAGUCGUUAUUUUAGCUAGACGAUGGGGUUGUAUAUAAGUUGAACAAUACGGAAGUAAGAGGGAAGAGUUUUCGAGAAAAGGCAAACUGUGCUAAUAUUCCUUUCAAUCCUACAUCCUCUCACAUAGUGUCACCAACCUGCGUCUUGGAUGUAAUGAUCCCACAUGAGAAUUAUAACAUAUGAACAAUGCUAUUUUUAUUAUUACAAACUAUGCACGUUUAUGUCAUGUAAAAUCUGCAGAGCAAUUGGUUAAAUAUAUAAGAAUGAAACCACCUUCA